UUUACCUGUGCCGUCUACGGUGGUUUAAAUCGUUCAGGUGUGACGGGGAAGAAGAGACCGAGAAGUAGAAUGAGAAUGAAAGGGAGUCUACCUGGAGUAAUUGAGUUGCAAUGCAGAAAAACUAAUAAAGAUGAAUAAGGCAGCUCCAUAUUAUGAGGAAGCAGGAUUGCACACACGGACUGUGUACAUGAUCUCGGGUUUGGACUGAGUGCAGUCACUUUGCGUAAGUUCAAAAGUUAAAAUCAGUCUCUAGAAGCUGAUGAAGAGAUUAGCAGUGUCUGUGUGUAAGAUCUGUUCAUUCACAAACCGGAGAACUCCGAGAGCUCAAUCACACACAGGUUCUCUCCCUGAAGAUGGUGUGACCUACUGGGGCAGAGUUACUGAUGCAGCACUGAAACAACAGAAAAUCCAAACCUCGCCUUCACACACUACAUGCAAUAUGGAAACGCCAGUUAGCCUAAUCUGCGUGUCUUUGGACUGUGGGAGGAAACCCACCAAACAUGGGAAGAACAUGCAAACUCCACACACACAGACCCUGACGGCAACCACUAAGCCAAUUAAAUGAUCACUUCUCCUCUGUUAGGUGUUCAAUGGGAUUUAGAUCUGGGCUCAUUGCUGGCCACUUUAGAACUCUCCAGCAGUUUGUUGCCAUCCAUUUCUGGGUGCUUUUAAAGUAUGUUUGGGGUCAUUGUCCUGCUGGAAGACCCAAGAUCUCGGACGCAGACCCAGCUGACACUGGGCCCUACAGUGCGACACAAAAUUCUUUGCAGUGGGGUCCUCCUGAGUCUCCUGUCAUAGCAUUUUAUUCCAUUUAAAUGUCGACGGAUAGUUCAUGUUGACACUGAUGCUCCCUGAGCCUGCAGGACAGCUUGAAUUUUAUUGGAACUUGUUUGGGGCUGCUUAUCCACCAUCUGGACUAUCCUGCGUUGCAACCUUUCAUCAAUGUUUCUCACGCCCAGGAAGAUUAGCUACAGUGCCAUGGAUGGCAAACUUCUUGAUAAUGUUGUGCACUGUGGACAAAGACAUGUCUAGAUCUCUGGAGAUGGACUCCAGAUAUUGGUGUAAUUUUUAUAUAGCCCACACCUGUUACUUGCCCCAGAGCCACUGGCGAUGCUCAUCAAUUGGUGAAAUAUUGGGGCAAAAACAACACAAUCUUGCAAGCCUUCUCCUUCCUUUUUUGCAUCCACUGUCUUCAGACUUUUCCCACAAACACAUCAAGACAUUGUCCUUUAAUGACCUAAGGUUAAUAUGACCAGCACUAAGCAAUCAUUAUCUGGUGCUAAGACAUGUGACAAAAAAAUGAAGAACCAAAAUUACCAAUGCGCAGAUUGUGGGAAGAGAUUUAGUCAACUAAGUCACCUGCAAAUUCACCAGCGUGUUCACACAGGAGAGAAGCCGUAUCACUGUUUACAGUGUGGGAAGAGUUUUACUACUGCCAAUAGUCUUCGCAGACACCAGCGCAUUCACACAGGAGAGAAGCCGUACCCCUGCUCACAGUGUGGGAAGAGUUUUACUAGUGCUGGUGAUCUUCAAAGACACCAGCGCAUCCACACAGGAGAAAAGCCGUACUCCUGCUCACAGUGUGGGAAGGGUUGUACUACUGCUGGCGAUCUCCGAAUACACCGGCGCAUCCACACAGGAGAGAAGCCAUAUACCUGCUCACAGUGUGGGAAGAGUUUUAGUCGAGGAGAUCACCUUAAAAUACAUCAGCGUUUUCACACAGGAGAAAAACCAUACCAUUGUUUACAGUGUGGGAAGACUUUUACUCGAGAAGAUCAAUGUAAAAUACAUCAGCACAUUCAUACAGGACAAAAGCCAUACCUCUGCUCACAAUGUGGGCGGAGUUUUACUACUGCUGGUAGCCUCCGAAGACACCAGUGGAUUCACUCAGGGGACAAACCGUACUCCUGCUCACAGUGUUCCACAAGUUUUAGCCGGGAAGAUCAACUUAAACUACAUCAGUCUAUUCACACAGGAGAUAAACCAUAUUAGUGUCUGUAGCUGACCACAUAAAAUUAUGUUGUUCAAUCUACUGUAGUAUACACCAAUCAGCCAUGACAUUAAAAGCACAGACAGUAACAUGAGGUAAAUAACUUUGAUUAUCUCCUUAUAUUGACACCUGUGAAAGAGGUAUAUUAGGCAGUAAACUGUUCUCAAAGUUGAUGUGUCUCCGCAGUGAAACAGGAAAAAUAGGCAUAUGUGCAGAUCUGAGAGACUUUAGCAAGGGCUAACUGUAGCACAGUUUGCUGAAAAAAGAUAUAUUUCAAUUAACAUACACAAAGUCGGCCAAAACAUGGUAUUGGUGCUAAAAAGUGUCUCACCCAGGUGAAAAGGUGAAUUUUCAGAUAGGAUCAUAUAACACCAUACCUAAUACUUAAUUAGGUAAUGCUUCUCACACAACAUGAAUUUGUUCCACUACUGAUUUUUUGCUUUUUAAGCUUUUGCCAAAAACCAAUGUGGGCAACAAUUUUACAGGUUUAUAUGCUUUUAGAGGCUUACACCAAUUUUAGUAUCAAUACUCAUAAAGAAGUAUAAAUAAUUUAUUAUUUAAUAUUAUUAUUGUUUAAAGCGAGACAGUAUAAAGCAAAAUAUAAAUUAAUCUCUAAAGUUAAGCAACUUAUAAUUUUAGGGAAACAAGAUUGGUCAUUUCCGUGUGGCAUAAACUUUAGAAGAAGCUUUUUUGGCACACUCAUUUUCUGUAUUAUAUGUAUAAGAUAAAAAAAAUAACAUUAGUGAUACUGUGAUUUGGCCGAGUGUAUUUAUGAAUUUAUGCUACAGUAAGUUAAUCACCACAGAUUGAUGGCUGCUGUAAGUCACAUUGUGUGCUCUUAGGAUUAUCCAAAAAGUUCCAAAAAAGUCCAUUAGAUGAAUUUACAUUCUUCAUGAUUCAUGCUCUUAGUUUUAUUGCCAAACAAACCUCUUUUAUUAUAGUUAUUGGCGUUGGCUAUGGAGAAGAGCUACAGCAAUGUCUCACAGGAUUGGUACAGGGAGUGAUGUUUGGUUUGCCUAAAAUAAUUCAGCAAUUUAGAGAGUUUCUCAGAUGUAAAAAUCAACUCUGCUGUGUGCUGUUUUAUUUGGUUAUGAGGUUAGUAUUCUUAUUGAGGAUGUUGUGUCAUUGGAUAUGACUGAAAUGUGUGUGUAUGUCUGAUUAAUUUGUGUUGGUACCUGAUGCAUUGCGUAAAAGAAACUUACUUCUUGCCCUGUAAUUUUUCUUUGUUAGUUUUUAGUGGCAUGGGGUCUUACAGGGUAAGUUAAUAAAGAACGCAAGCCU